AUGGCUACGAAGUCGUCGAAAAGCAAGUCAAAAGUGGGCAAGUCUGCAAAAUCAGCUUCCAAACAAAAUUUGAAGCAAAAAGCAAAAGUGACCAAGUCGCAAAUCGAUAAGCUCAAUAAAGACAUGGAUCACAUCCAAGACAUUCACAAAUCUCUCGCUCAGCUGGGGCAGGCCCCCAAGAAGAUCGGGGCAUUGGAUGUGGCGAGGUUGAAGAGCGAUAUGGAGAAGGACGAGCAGAGAAAGAAGGCCAACAAGGAGUUGCAGAGACAGUUGGAGGUGAUGACGGGAAUGGCGUUGUAA